AUGACACAAAGCCAGGAGCCCAAUAGCAGCACGCACUCCCAAAGAAACACCAAGUUCACCGGCCAAGUUGUGAUCGUCACCGGUGCAGCCGCUGGAAUUGGCCGGGAGGUUGCACUAAAUUUCGCCGCCCAAGAUGCACAAGUGAUCCUAUUCGACAUCAACGACGCCGGCCUCCAGGAAACCAGGGCCUCUAUCCAAAAGACUGGCGGGAAAGCAGGUAUCAAGCUCUGCGACAUAAGCAACGAGCAGCAGGUCACAUCUGCAAUAAACUGGACAGUUACGACCCACGGAAAAGUUGAUAUCCUAGCCAACCUCGCAGGGAUAUACGGCUUCCAGCUUCUCGCCGAUUUCCCAACGGACCUGUACCAUCGGUACAUCGGAAUCAACCUCAACGGGCCCUUCUAUCUCACACGCGCCGUCCUGCCACAUAUGCAAGCAGCCGGUUACGGACGUAUUAUCCAUACCUCGUCUACCGGGUACGCGGAUCCCAAGCCCGGUUUGACAGCGUAUGUUGCAACCAAAGCCGCUGUGAUCGGACUCGUGCGUAGUGCAGCCAUGGAAGCUGGUCCCGGGGUAACUGUCAAUGCUGUGAUGCCUGGCGUUACUGAUACCGACCAAGCGCGGUCUCUAGAAGGGUUUGAGGCUCUCGCUAAGAUGACUAUUGAGCAACAGGCCGUUAAGAGACAGGGCCAUGCGUCGGACAUUGCCCACGCAGUCUCGUUUAUUGCGUCUGCCGAAGCGUCGUUCUUUUCGGGGCAGGUGUUUAAUUGUAGCGGGGGAGCGACAUUUAGUUUUUAA